AUGACCAUGCUGAUGGUAUCCAAAAAUUGGACCAAGACUGAGAACAUGGUACCUGACAACCCUAUUUGGGGAAUGCUGGACCUAUCGUGUAAGAGAGUUGAGGCGAAACGCCGGUUCACCCUCCACCAGAUCCUUAAGGCUCUCUUCGUUAGUCUUUACCACGUCGAUAAUCCCUUCGUCUCCAACCUCGGAUACCGUGACACAGACAUUCUCUGA